CUAUAAAGCGCCGGUGGCGGCGGCCGCCGCCCUCCCGGUGCCGCCAUGAGCCGCGGCGGCGGCCGCGCCCCCUCGCUGCGCCGCGCCGUCGGGGCGCCGCCGCCCGUCGCUGCGGGGGGGCCGCCGGGGCUGGCGGCGGCGGCGGCGGCGCGCGGCGCGGAGCGGGCCGAGCUGGCGGCGCUCAACGACCGCUUCGCCGCCUUCCUGGAGCGGGUGCGGGCGCUGGAGCGGCAGAACGGGGCGCUGCGGGCCGCGCUGGGCCGCGCCGCCGCCGCCGCCGCCCCCCCCCGCGCCGCCGGGCUGCUGCGCGACGAGCUGCGGGAGCUGCGGGAGCGGCUGCAGCGCCUCGGCCGCGACCGCGACCGCCUCGAGGCCGAGCGCGACGGGCUCGCCGGGGACCUGGCGGCGCUGCGGCAGCGGCUGGAGGACGAGGUGCAGAAGCGGGAGGACGCGGAGCAGAGCCUGCUGCUCUUCCGCAAGGACGUGGACGAGGCCACGCUGUCCCGCCUGGAGCUGGAGUGCAGGAUCGAGCUGCUGGUGGAGGAGCUGCAGUUCCUGAAGAAGCUGCACGAGGAGGAGCUGCGGGAGCUGGAGGCGAGCGCGCAGAGCCGGCGGGCGCCGGCGGAGGUGCGGGCGGAGGCGCCGGCCCCGGACCUCACGGCCGCCCUGCGCGACAUCCGCACGCAGUACGAGAGCAUCGCCGUGAGGAACCUGCGGGAGGCCGAGGACUGGUACAAGUCCAAGUUCGCCGACCUCUCGGACGCGGCGAACCGCAACCACGAGGCGCUGCGGCUGGCCAAGCAGGAGAUGAGCGCGGCGCGGCGGCACAUCCAGAGCCUCACCUGCGAGGUGGACGGGCUCAAGGGCACGAACGAGGCGCUGCAGCGGCAGAUGCGGGAGAUGGAGGCGGCGUUCGGGGCCGAGCUCGGCACCUACCAGGCGGCCGUGGGGCGGCUGGAGCAGGAGCUGGAGCACAUGAAGGAGGAGAUGGGCCGGCACCUGCGCGAGUACCAGGACCUGCUGCACGUCAAGAUGGCCCUGGACAUCGAGAUCACCACGUACCGCAAGCUGCUGGAGGGCGAGGAGAGCCGGAUCACCGUGCCCGUGCUCGCCGUGGCCCCCUUCAGCGCCAGGAGCCCAGCGUUCGAGCCGCAGCCGGCGGAGAUGCACGCGAGGAGGAUGGUGCUCAUCAAAACCAUCGAGACGCAGGAUGGGCAGCAGGUGGUGACGGAGACGCACAAGGAGCGAGCGGAGCCCGAGCAGUGACGCGGCCGGACGCGGGCUGCCGCCGGAGCCGCGGAGCCGCCGAGCGCCCCGGCAGGAUGCGGCCCCGGCGCCGGUGUCCCCAGCGCUGCUCCUGGAGCCGGGGCUCGCAGCUGGGCACGAGCCGAGGCCGCGACGGCUCCUUCCCCCUUGUAUUUACCCAUGGUUAUUUAUUUCGCCCCGUCCUGGAAACCCGGCUGGAGGCAGCGUUUUGCCGCUCUGCCCCACGGGGGGCUGGGCCACCCCUGCCCCGGCGGCGGUGCUCUCGUCCGGGGAGGCGCUGGGGGCUCCCGGCCCGCGGCCCCGCGCCCGUCCCCGGCCCGCUUAGCCGCCCAAUAAAGACUGCAGCGAG